AUGUCAGAUGUCACUGACUCUUCUUCUUCUACUCCUAUUGUGACGGUUUAUACUGAAUCGUCGACCAACCUACCUAUGGGAUUCAAAUUGAAUGGAUCCAACUACGAGAUAUGGGCUUCGAUGAUCGAACUCCAUGCUACUACACAAGGCAAAUUGGGUUACCUAACUGGCGACACUGAUGCCCCUGAUUCCAAAGACCCGAAAUUUGGGAAGUGGAAAAUUGCUGAUGCUGUUGUGAAAAGUUGGAUGUUGCGAACUAUGGAACCCAGUUUGUUGAAUAUGUUUCAUACUCUACCUACUGCAAAGGAAAUUUGGGAUGCUGUUAAUAAGAUGUUUUAUGAUGGCUCUGACAUUUCCUAG